UAUCUGUAGAUGGUCGGAUACCGUACCCGUUGCCACCCUAGAUUAGACUACUGUUUAAUAGGGGUACUAUUGACAUCCUAGUGCAAGGAAUUUUCCUUCUAAUUUUUCUGCUUAGUGGGAGUCCGGGAAGAUUUUAGGGAGUGGGAAUAGCGCCAUCCAAGCCAGUCACCGGAGACCGAUCUUUAGUUGCUCGUCGACUCUGCCUCUAACGCUAAGUCUCUCAAACUCCGAGAUAAAAAAUGGGUGAUAGUGAUUUAAAAACAUGGGUAUCUGAUAAGUUGAUGUCAAUUCUUGGCUAUUCUCAGAGCACAGUUGUUCAGUACAUAAUUGGCAUAUCUAAGCAAGCAAAUUCACCAGCUGAUGUGCAGGCCAAGCUAUCCGAGUUUGGUUUUUCAACAUCAGCUGAGACCCGGUCUUUCUCUGAGGAACUUUUUUCUAGAGUACCCCGGAAACAAUCUGGUUUAAAUAUUUAUCAGAAACAAGAAAGGGAAGCUGCUAUGUUGGCAAGGAAACAAUUGACUUAUACACUUUUGGAUGCUGAUGAUGAUGAUGAUGCCAAUGGUAGUGAUGCCAGUGCUUAUGGUAACCAAUCUUCAACUAUAACUGGCUUUGAGCCUGGAAGAGCCGAGUCACAUAAGAAGCGAUUCAGGAAGAAGAUUGAAAGUGAAGAGGAUGAAGACAAAGAGCUGGUCUCACCUGUGGAAAAGGAGAGACAGGUUAAACGGCGGAUUUCCCAAGAUGAAGAGGAUGAUUCAGAGUCGGAGGAGGAAAGAUUGCAGGAUCAAAGAGAAAGGGAGCAAUUAGAACGAAAUUUAAGAGAACGUGAUGCUGCUGGGACUCGAAAGCUGACAGAGCCAAAGAUAUCAAAAAAGGAGGCAGAAGAGGCAGUGCGAAGAUCACAUGUUUUGGAGGAAGAUGGAAUUGGCACUUUGAGAAAAGUGUCACGUCAAGAAUAUCUUAAGAAAAGAGAGCAAAAGAAAUUGGAAGAACUCAGGGAUGACAUAGAAGAUGAGCAAUAUCUAUUUGAUGGUGUGAAACUGACUGAAGCAGAAGUACGUGAAAUAAGAUACAAGAAGGAAUUAUACGAGCUCAUAAAGAAGAAGUCAGAAGAUGCAGAUGAUACCAAUGAGUACAGAAUGCCAGAAGCAUAUGAUCAGGAAGGGGGCGUUAGUCAGGAGAAGAGAUUUGCUGCAGCUUUGCAGCGCUAUAGGGAUCCCAAUGCCGGUGACAAAAUGAACCCCUUUGCAGAACAGGAGGCUUGGGAAGAUUAUCAGAUUGGAAAAGCAACUUUAAAGUUCGGGUCAAAGAACAAAAAGCAGAUUUCUGAUGAUUAUCAGUUUGUGUUUGAGGACCAGAUUGAGUUUAUCAAAGCAUCAGUGAUGGACGGUGACAAGUUUGAUGAUCAAUUACCUGCUGAGUCCCUGGACAACUCUAUGGAAAAAUCAGCUUUCGAGAAGAUUCAGGAGGAUCGAAAAAGUUUGCCUAUCUACAAAUACCGGGAUGAACUACUUGCUGCUAUUGAGAAGUUUCAGGUUCUUGUUAUUGUGGGAGAAACUGGUUCAGGAAAGACCACACAGAUACCCCAGUAUCUUCAUGAAGCUGGGUACACCAAGCGUGGAAAGGUUGGCUGUACACAGCCAAGGCGUGUUGCUGCUAUGAGUGUUGCUGCAAGGGUUUCUCAAGAAAUGGGUGUCAAACUUGGGCAUGAGGUUGGCUACUCCAUUCGUUUUGAAGACUGCACAUCAGAAAAGACACUUCUGAAAUAUAUGACUGAUGGAAUGCUGUUGCGAGAAUUCCUUGGUGAGCCAGAUUUGGCAAGCUACAGUGUAGUGAUGGUGGAUGAGGCACAUGAAAGAACAUUGUCAACUGACAUACUGUUUGGACUAGUAAAGGAUAUAGCCCGGUUCCGUCCAGAGUUGAAGUUGCUGAUUUCAAGUGCAACACUUGAUGCUGCAAAAUUCAGCGAUUACUUUGAUUCAGCUCCAAUUUUCAAAAUUCCUGGGAGGAGGUUUCCUGUUGAAAUACACUAUACUAAAGCUCCAGAAGCUGAUUAUCUAGAUGCAGCUAUUGUAACUGCGCUUCAAAUCCAUGUGACACAGUCACCUGGAGAUAUUUUAGUUUUCUUUACAGGUCAGGAGGAAAUAGAGACAGCUGAGGAAAUUUUGAAGCAUAGAACAAGAGGUUUGGGGACCAAAAUUGCAGAGCUUAUUAUCUGCCCGAUAUAUGCAAAUUUACCAACUGAGCUUCAAUCCAAAAUAUUUGAGCCUACUCCAGAAGGGGCUCGGAAGGUUGUCCUUGCAACAAAUAUUGCCGAGACAUCAUUAACAAUUGAUGGGAUAAAGUAUGUUAUUGAUCCUGGCUUUUGCAAAAUGAAAUCGUAUAACCCAAGGACUGGAAUGGAAUCUUUGCUAGUAACACCUAUUUCAAAAGCUUCAGCCAUGCAACGUGCUGGUCGUUCUGGACGAACAGGUCCAGGGAAGUGUUUCCGGUUGUAUACUGCCUACAAUUACAAUCAUGACUUGGAUGAGAAUACGGUACCAGAAAUACAAAGAACAAAUCUGGCUAAUGUUGUGCUAUCAUUGAAGAGUCUUGGAAUUCAUGACUUGUUAAAUUUUGAUUUUAUGGAUCCUCCACCUUCUGAGGCAUUACUAAAAGCCUUGGAACUUCUGUUUGCACUAAGUGCACUGAAUAAACAUGGUGAGCUGACCAAAGUUGGUAGAAGGAUGGCUGAGUUCCCACUUGAUCCCAUGCUAUCUAAAAUGAUUGUUGCUUCUGACAAGUACAAGUGUUCAGAUGAGAUAAUUUCUAUUGCUGCUAUGCUUUCUAUUGGAAAUUCAAUAUUCUAUCGUCCAAAGGACAAACAAGUUCAUGCUGACAAUGCCAGAAUGAAUUUCCACACAGGAAAUGUGGGGGACCAUGUAGCUCUUCUCAAGGUGUAUGAUUCUUGGAAGGAAACUAACUUCUCAACGCAAUGGUGUUAUGAAAAUUAUAUUCAGGUGAGGAGUAUGAAACGAGCUAGAGAUAUACGAGAUCAGUUGGAAGGCCUACUGGAACGGGUUGAAAUUGAGAUGACGUCCAAUCCCAAUGACUUAGAUGCCAUAAAGAAGUCCAUAACAUCUGGCUUUUUCCCUCAUUCUGCAAGGCUACAGAAGAAUGGGUCUUAUAGAACAGUGAAACAUCCUCAGACAGUUCAUAUACACCCCAGCUCAGGGUUGUCUCAGGUGCUCCCAAGGUGGGUUAUAUACCAUGAGUUGGUUCUUACAACCAAGGAGUACAUGAGGCAGGUAACUGAGCUGAAACCGGAGUGGCUGGUAGAGAUAGCCCCCCAUUAUUACCAGAUGAAGGAUGUUGAAGAUCCGGGGUCAAAGAAAAUGCCACGAGGGGAAGGACGUCCAUCAUAGAUGAGUUUGUUAGAGACACAGACAGUUGUAACUAAUCAUAGGGGGCACGUUCAGUGCGGCAAGGUAAUGAAAUCCUUCGGCCGAGGAUGAGAUUGUAAAUACAAUUUUGUAAAUUUAGGAUUGAUACUUCUGUUAACAAGUAGAGAUAGUACUUCUGUGUUUGCCCGCUCUUCUACCAUUUUGCGAUGCAGAAGGGAAUGUACUGUAUCCCAUUUAAUUGGCAAAAGGGAUAGAACUGUAAACUGUAGGUCAAAAUUCAAUUUUGCUGGAAAUCAUGUGUAAUCCAAUGAUUAAUGUGCUGUACACUGAUUCUGUAAAAGUUCUCCAUAAAUUCAUUUUGCCCAGCAAGGGAAUCUGGAAA